AUCUUGCAGACAUAAAGGUCCUCAUCCCGGUUUUGCAUGCUUUCAUUCUAACCUCCUCUGUGUAAGAUGGCUGGUGUACGUGCGGCGGGCAUUCUCUCCAGAUUCGCCAAGAGCAGAUACACUCUGUUUACAGGCCACACAUGCCGGAACCUCACAGUGUCUCCUGCGAUGUUGGCGCGAACCCACGUCAACUAUGAAGUCAAGGACGAUGUGGCAGUUGUUCGGAUCAAUGACCCAACCUCAAAGGUGAACACGCUGUCCGUACAGAUGCAGGCGGAGAUGACGGAGGUGAUGAAUGAGAUCUGGGCCAACGAGGCGGUGAAGAGCGCCGUGCUCAUCUCCUCCAAACCUGGCUGCUUCAUCGCCGGGGCCGACAUCAACAUGAUCCAGGCCUGUAGGAGCGAUGCGGAGGUGACCAGCCUGUCUCAGGAGGGGCAGAAGAUGUUUGAGAAGAUCGAGAAGUCGCCCAUUCCUAUUGUAGCCGCCAUCAAUGGGUCCUGCCUGGGAGGGGGGCUGGAGUUUGCCAUCGCCUGCCAGUACAGAGUGGCCACCAAGAGCAAGAAGACGGUUCUGGGCACGCCCGAGGUCAUGCUGGGCCUGCUACCCGGGGCCGGCGGGACACAGCGGCUGCCCAAAAUGGUGGGCAUCCCCAGUGCCUUUGACAUGAUGUUGACCGGCAGAAACAUUCGGGCUGACAAAGCCAAGAAGAUGGGCCUGGUGCACCAGCUGGUGGACCCGCUGGGCCCAGGUUUGAAAAGCCCGGAGGAACGAACCAUUGACUAUCUGGAAGAGGUUGCUGUGGGUUACGCCAGAGACAUCGCCAACAAGAAAAUCAAACUGAGCAAAAAGAAAGGCAUGAUGGAGAAGGUGCAGGAUUAUGUGAUGGGGAUCCCGUUUGUGCGGCAGCAGAUCUAUAAGACGGUGACGGGUAAAGUGAUGAAACAGUCCAAGGGCCUGUACCCCGCGCCCCUCAAGAUCAUCGAGUGUGUGAAGGCGGGGCUAGAGCAGGGGGCAGAGUCUGGCUACCUGGCUGAAUCGCAGAAUUUUGGGAAGCUGGCGAUGAGCCCUGAAUCCCAGGCUCUGAUUGGUCUGUAUCACGGUCAGGUGAUCUGCAAGAAGAACCGCUUUGGGGUUCCAGAGAGGGAGGUGAAGAAUCUGGCCAUCUUGGGGGCGGGUCUGAUGGGGGCGGGCGUCGCCCAGGUGACGGUGGAUAAGGGCAUUAACACCAUCCUGAAGGACACCACUGUGGAGGGACUGAACAGAGGCCAGCAGCAGGUCUUCAAAGGUCUGAACGAUAAGACCAAGAAGCGGAACAUCACCUCUUUUGAGAGGGACAGCAUCCUGUCCAACCUGACGGGUCAGCUGGACUACGCCGGGUUCGGGAAAGUGGACAUGGUGAUCGAGGCCGUGUUCGAGGACCUCGCCAUCAAGCACCGCGUCCUGAAGGAAGUGGAGGCGGUCAUCCCCCCACACUGCAUAUUCGCCACCAACACGUCCGCUCUGCCAAUCAAAGACAUCGCUGCCGCCAGCCAGAGGCCAGAGAAGGUUAUCGGAAUGCACUACUUCUCUCCGGUGGACAAGAUGCAGCUGCUGGAGAUCAUCACCACCGAUAAGACGUCUCGGGACACCACCGCGGCUGCGGUGGCCGUGGGCCUGAAGCAGGGCAAGGUCAUCGUGGUGGUCGGGGACGGUCCCGGGUUCUACACCACCAGGUGUUUAGCUCCUAUGUUGGCUGAAGCAGUGCGAGUCCUGCAGGAGGGGGUGGGGCCUAAGAAGCUGGACUCCCUCACCACCAGCUUCGGCUUCCCGGUGGGCGCGGCGGCGUUGGCGGAUGAGGUGGGCAUCGACGUGGCCGCCCACGUAGCGGAGGACCUGGGCAAGGCCUUCGGCUCGCGGUUCGGCGGCGGGAACGUGGAGGUGCUGAAGACCAUGGUGGACCGAGGGUUCAAGGGCCGUAAGUCUGGGAAGGGCUGCUACAUCUAUGAGCCGGGGGUCAAAGAGAAGAACACCAACCCUGGAGCGGAGGAGAUUCUGGAGAAGUUCAGAAUGACAGCGCCCCCUGCAGUGUCGUCGGACUCCGAUGUCCAGUACAGACUGGUGUCCCGGUUUGUGAACGAGGCGGUGCUGUGUCUGCAGGAGGGCAUUCUGGGUAACCCUGUGGAGGGGGACAUCGGAGCGGUGUUUGGGCUGGGGUUCCCCCCCUGCCUUGGAGGUCCGUUCCGAUUCGUGGACAGCAUUGGUGCCGAUAAGCUGGUGGGGAAGAUGCGGAGGUUCGAGGAGGUGUACGGGGACCAGUUCACCCCGUGCCAACUGCUGCUGGACCACGCCAAGGACGGCAGCAAGAAAUUCCACAAGUAGCUCCGCCCACCUGACCACCUGCCGUCACCGUAGAAACGCGCUGCCACUAAUGGAAACCAGCCUUCGGCCUUCAAACAGGAGCUCUGGGAAUGUGGGAGUUUGGGGCAUGUAAAUUUAAUUGUAUGUAUUAAAUGUCUUCCUAAUAUUGAAGUACUUGCAGUAAGUUUCUCAAAUCUAAGUUGCCUUAGAAUCUAAAUGACUCAAAUCAUCAUCUGAAUUCAGGUUUUUGCACUUAUUUGUUUUUCUUCCUGUAAUCGCCAUGAUGACUCGUAUGGGUGCUGCGUCUGACUGUUUCCUGCUGGCUGAACGUCAAAACUAGUGUACGAAAGGCCAUGUCUGCUUUGGUUUCCUUUACGGUAUCCAUACCUGUGAAAAGAAUUUUGAUAUCGAAAUAAACACAGGAAUGAGCUCAAAAAAAAUCACAUCACACUUUGUACAAUUUCCCAUGCAAGUGAAAUAAACAAGAAUUCUUUUUCA